AUGCCGCCGUCACAACAACACAUGCCGCCGUCACAACAACACAUGCCGCCGUCACAACAACACAUGCCGUCGUCACAACAACACAUGCCGCCGUCACAACAACACAUGCCGCCGUCACAACAACACAUGCUGCCGUCACAACAACACAUGCUGCCGUCACAACAACACAUGCCGCCGUCACAACAACACAUGCCGCCGUCACAACAACACAUGCUGCCGUCACAACAACACAUGCUGCCGUCACAACAACACAUGCUGCCGUCACAACAACACAUGCCGCCGUCACAACAACACAUGCCGCCGUCACAACAACACAUGCCGCCGUCACAACAACACAUGCCGCCGUCACAACAACACAUGCCGCCGUCACAACAACACAAGCCGCCGUCACAACAACACAUGCCGCCGUCACAACAACACAUGUGGUAG